AUGACUCCAACCAUACCAAGAAAACUCCUCCUCCUCUUAGCCCUCCCCCUAGCACUCGCCAUACCCGACCCAUCCCCCAUCCUCAACGCUCGCGCCUCAACCUGCACCCCCGUCGCAGGCGGCUCAUCUUCCAUCGACGAUGUACCCGCAAUUAGAUCCGCGAUCGCAUCAUGCAGCAGCGGGACGAUCGUGAUUCCCUCCGGAACCACGUACUACCUGAACAGCGUGCUUGAUUUUGCAGGAUGCAGUGGGUGCGAUUUCCAGGUUGAGGGAUUGUUGAAGUUUGCCUCGUCGACGAGUUAUUGGAGUGGGAAGACGGCGAUGAUUAAUGUGAAGAAUAUUAAUGGAUUGAAGAUUCGGUCGUUGACGGGGAAGGGGGUUAUUGAUGGGAAUGGGCAGGAUGCAUGGGAUCUUUUUGCUUCGGAUAGCAGUUACGCACGUCCAACACUUCUCUACAUCACCGGCGGCUCAGACAUAACAAUCUCCAACCUCCGCCAAAAGAACCCACCCAACGUCUUCAACUCCGUAAAAGGCGGCACCACCAACAUCGCCUUUACAUCCCUCACAAUGGAUGCCACCUCGAAGAGCACCAACCUCCCCAAAAACACCGACGGCUUCGACAUCGGCACAAGCACCAAUGUCCUAAUCAACAACGUCAAAAUCACCAACGACGAUGACUGCGUCGCCUUCAAACCCGGCGCAAACUACGUCACAGUAACCGACAUAACCUGCAUCGGCAGCCACGGACUCUCCGUCGGCUCUCUGGGAAAAUCCUCCUCCGACACCGUCAAAAACAUCUACGUCUCCGGCGCGACGAUGAUCAACUCUACCAAAGCGGCGGGAAUAAAAACCUACCCGUCCGGCGGGAGUCAUGGCCAAUCGACCGUUUCGAAUGUAACGUGGACAGGCGUUGUGGUGCAGGGAUGUGAUUAUGCGAUUCAGAUUCAGAGUUGUUAUGGGGAGGAUGCGAGUUAUUGUGCUGAGUAUCCUGGGGAUGCGAAUUUAAGUGGGAUUGUGUUUGAUGGGUUUAGUGGGACGACGAGUGGGAAGUACGGGUCUGUUACGGGCAAUUUGGAUUGUGGUGCUGAUGGGACUUGUGGGGUUAAGGUCAGUUCUUAUACUGUUAAGGCGGCGAAUGGGGGGACCGAGGUGCUUUGUGCGAAUACGCCGUCUAGUUUGGGGGUUACUUGUACAUCGGGGGCGUCGGGGUGA